AGAGCAUGUAGAUUGCCUCAGAAUGUAAACACAUUUGUACAAGGCAGGUACCACAGUUUUUUGCAAUUAAACUUACCACCACCACAUAAUUGACGGCACGUUUAACAUAUUGGUAAAUACAUUACUAAUGUUUGGUUGACAGUCGGUGAUGCGUCUUACAAUUUGUCGGCACAAACAACUAAAUAGAAGUAACGUUAGCUGCAUACAGUACAAUGAGGAGCAACUCGUCCACCUCAAUGGCUCACACUCUCAGCUUCGUGUCUGUCCGUCAAAGCCCCCCGCUGAGUUCAAAUUUUGGACUGACACAUGGCCUGUUGGACUCAGCUGCCGAACAGUUAAUGGUUCAGAAGGAUUUCCAAGCUGCUUUCGACACAUGUGAGAGAGGUCUGGAGAGCCUUUUAAACGCGGAGCAAGAGGACAGCAGGUGGGUACUAAUUCUUAGAAUUUGCUCUGCUUUUAUUACAUGGUCCUUGUUGCAUUGCAUAUUUGGACUAAACCGUUGUCCAUCUGACUUUCAGGUAUGGGGAGUUGAAGGCUGCACUCUGCAUUGUGGGGAUUCAAGCAUUGGCUGAACUCAAUCAGUGGCCUGGUGUACUGGCAUGGAUUCUGCAGCAUUAUGAGUGCCCUGAGAAAAUACCUGCCAAAAUAAUGCAGAUGUGGUGAGGAAAAUUUAACAUGGUUAAUAUGCAGGCACUCAUGUCUUGCACACCAUUUAUAACAGUGCUAUACACUGCAGACACUGCACAUUGUGAUCUAUGUUUUCAAUUGGCAUGUAAAUGUAUUCCCCAAUUCACCCUGCAGUCAUGUUUUUCUCUAUGUCCCUCUUCAUUUUUGUAGCAUACUCCUCUACACCAAAGUGGGUGAGCAAGCUAUGAUGCAGGAGGCAGGCAAUGUUUGGCUGUGCUGUCCAUCCAAUGGGAGAUUGGCAGGAUUUGGGACUGUAGCAGAGCUGUAUUUACUGCAUAUUCUAGUGCCUUUAGGUCAUAUGACAGAGGCACGGGAGUUGGUUUUUGGUGAGGUGGGACGUAUUGCAUUCACAGAGGACCAGAAACAAACAGCACUGGAUAUCGUGGAGAAUAAAGAGAACCUCAGCCAAGAACAACCUCCAAGCCCUAGUCCAAACCCCAGUCCUGUGGUGGUGGCUGCUGGACUUAACACACCUCAAGGUGCAUCUCACUUACAGUUGCAUUAACCCUUUGUAUUGACUUUAAUGCUUCCAGACAUUGUCACUGACUGUGUGUUUGUGCUUUAUAGGUGCUGUGAUUCAGAAACUUGAGGCCUUGCUUAGGCUUUUGAACAGAGGACUAUCAGUAGCCAGUGCUGGGUCAUUCCCUCUUCGGAGAGUCUUUCUGGCUGUGGUCCUUCUCUAUAUGCUUUUUGUCCGGAUGGAUCCAGGUAAAAAACUAAAAAACAAUGUUGUAAGCCUAUUAUUCAAUCAUUGAAAGAAACUGUCAACAUCCAAAUAAUGUGGUUGCUUUAGUUAAUACUAGUCUAGCACUUAGUAUACAGCUUUUGUCUAGCUUUUGAUUUCACCCAACCUACCUACAGUAUUUAAGCACCUAAGCACUGAACAGCGACUAGAUGUCAGAACAUAAAGAGCAGAAAUGUUAUGAUGAUUCUUGGAUAUGGCUUCUCCACAGCUCAUCCCUCAUCUUUCCCCUGGAUCUCACGGCUGCUGCAGAUGCUGAAGCAGAUGUGGGACGCCAUGUUUGCUCCUUACUAUCGAGCCAGAGCUCAGAGCUAACUGUAAAACCAUACAGCCUGGUGCUGGGACAUCAUGGUUUAAAUUUGACUGAGACCAAAGAGGUUACCAUUGAUCCUCUUAUCAUGUAAAUAUGAAUUACUGACUGAGAUAAAGAGAGAAAUUCAGGGGUGCUUUUGUUGCCAGCAACAACAACAUGGAUACCUGUCAUAUCAGAAUGUGUACAACAUGGAUACCUGUGAAGGCAGAAUGUGAACAACAUGGAUACCUGUGAAGGCAGAAUGUGAACAACAUGGAUACCUGUGAAGGCAGAAUGUGAACAUCGUGGAUAGCUGUGAAGGCAGAAUGUGAACAACACGGAUAGCUGUGAAGGCAGAAUGUGAACAACACGGAUAGCUGUGAAGGCAGAAUGUGAAAGUAAUAGGCAGAAUUAAUUUAUCUGGUGUUGCAGAUUCAGUUGCACCCAUAUAGGUGUUCGUGUGAGCGAGCAAGAAAGCGAUUGAGUUUGUGUGGUGACACAUUUUGUGUUGAUAUGAAUGGCACAGUCCAAAACAACUGUUAUAUGUAGGCAAGCUAAUUAUAAUCAGAUGCAUGUCAGACAAAUUAUAACUUUUACUUUGACAGAUUUUUAAUUG